AAUAAUUGAAAAAAGUAGCUCGAGAGAGAAGUAGCAUUUGCUACUUUUACCCAAAAUCCCUAACCACAUAAUAAACCAAACCCAACAAAGAAAAGAAAAUUUCAAAACCAAAAAAAAAAAAAUGAGAACUUUAGAAGAAUCGAAGAUCUCUAUUGUCUUCUUGUUACUUCUUCUCUUCUCAAUCUUCAUCAGUUUCAGUCACCAGGCAAAUGAGGUAUUACCAUCUGAAGGAGAGAAGAUGAUGGUGCCAUUGAUGGAGGAGAAGUUUAUGGUAAUGAAUGAAACAAGAAGGAAGCUUGGAAGUUUUCAGAUAUGUUCUGUUUGUACUUGUUGUGGUGGUGCUAAAGGUCUUUGCUUGCCUUCUCCUUGUUGCUAUGCUAUUAACUGCAACAUCCCUAAUAGACCCUUUGGUUACUGUUCUUUCACUCCCAAAACUUGCAAUUGCUUUGGUUGCCAUAUCUGAGAUCUUCUACUUCAUUGGCAAUCUAAAUCUUGCUUGAUUCAUCUACAAGUGUGAAAGGGAGGAAAAAAGAAGCAUAUCUGUUCUUGGUUUGGUUCUUAUUUUUAAUUUUUGUCUAUAAUUUAUUUUUCAGUCUUCAUUAAAUUUCAUUACCUACUAUCUCAGCAACAUCAUCAUCCUCAUUAAUUAAUUGUCUUUUUGCAUUUGCCAUUUUCAUAAAAAAUUUAGGGUUUUUUUGUGAAGAAUCUUGUUCACACUUCAAGCAAGAUUUGUUUUUUCUUCUCUCUUCAAUCAAUUCUCUAUCUGUCUUUCUUUUUUUCAUUCUCUUGUUUAUUUUAAUUUGUUUCUUAUGGGUUUUAAGAAAGUUAAAAGUUAGAAUUUAGCAUAUUUUGGAAAAGAGUCAGUCAUUGUUUUGGUUAAGCUGGCAAUUGGGAGGGUAUUUAAUAUGAUGAUGAUGAUGGUGUUGAUGGUGAUGGUGGUGAUAGUGAAGCUGUUAAAGUUUAAGUCUUUGUAAUGAGUGAUAUGUUAAGAAAAUGAAUCAAGUUUAGUGCUCUGCUCUGAUCUGAUAAGAUCUAAAUGUUUGUUUUAGUUAUAAAAUAGAGAGAAGAAAAAAAGUUUAUUUUUGAGUAAAAAACAAUUAUUCAUCUUCAAGUGCAGAGACAAUAUCUUUGAAUAUGUUUAUUUUAUUGACACUGUUAUUAUUGUAAGAGAUGUUUUAAAUCAAAUGUUUGUUCCAA